AUGUUGUACAACCAAUUAUGGUGGCGUAUCUCCUUAUUUUUGAUCAGGGUUCUUCUCAUGGCACUGAUUCGUAAGCAUGUCUCCAGGGUUGAUGGUAGGUUUGCCGUUGGUAAUGUUAGUUUGCUCGGUAUUGAUUCGAUGAGCGCUCUCAAAUGGCCUGUUCACAGUAAAUCACCAGGUCAGCACUACGUGGAGUGCACCUUUAGACAGCACUUCCAUCUUUUUCGCUUUUGCACCACUAAAAUUAAUUUAUCUUUCUCCUCACGCCAUACGAACAAACACACCUUCUGCUACGCUGCAGCAUAUUUUUAA